UCCAUUAAUGCGAAGCCUGCCGCCUGGAAAAGUGUUUGGGAUACUUCACUUCUUCGGCGAGUUCUUCGGGGAUUUUUUUUUCUCUUUUUAGCACCCAGUCAAAAACAUAUACAUGAUUUAAAGAAGGGGGGCCUGUUGUGUGCCGUGUAGUCGACUCUUUUGGUGUUUUUUCCCCCCCGUCUUUUUGAAGGAUGGCACUGGAUGGGAUCCGGAUGCCCGAUGGCUGCUAUGCCGACGGUACAUGGGAGCUGAAGAUGCAUGUCACCGACCUCCACAGGGACGUGUCUCUGAGAGUCACUGGGGAAAUCCACAUUGGUGGAGUUAUGCUCAAACUUGUGGAGAAGCUAGAUGUGAAGAAGGACUGGUCAGACCAUGCCCUGUGGUGGGAAAAGAAGAAGACAUGGCUGCUGAAAACCCACUGGACUUUGGACAAGUACGGCAUCCAGGCCGACGCCAGGCUGCUGUUCACGCCGCAGCACAAACUGCUGCGCCUCCAGCUGCCCAACAUGAAGCACAUGAAGGUCAAGGUGAACUUCUCAGACCGGGUCUUCAAGGCUGUGUCGGACAUCUGCAAGACUUUCAAUAUCCGCCACCCAGAAGAGUUGUCUCUACUGCGCAAACCUCGUGACCCCAAGAAGAAAAAGAAAAAGUUGGAGGAGGCAGAAGAGGACAGUCUGGAGCUGGAGGGUCCUCUGUUGACUCCGGGAUCUGCCUCUGAGAUAAUUUACAUCGGACCAGUGAAAGGGAGUGUCUACUCUAGUCCAGGCUUGUACAGUAAGACCAUGACCCCCACCUAUGAUUCCAGAGAUGGCAGCCCCCUGUCGCCCACCUCAGCCUGGUUUGGGGACAGCCCCCUGUCAGAGGGCAAUCCUGGCAUCCUGGCUGUCAGCCAGUCGAUAGCCUCGCCAGACAUCCUGGUUAAACUCUACAAACCCCAGUCCCUGCUGGAUAAAGCCAAGAUCAAUCAAGGGUGGCUGGACUCAUCCAGGUCUCUCAUGGAGCAGGAUGUGAAGGAGAACGAUGUGCUGCUGCUCAGGUUUAAGUACCACAGCUUCUUCGACCUCAACCCUAAGUAUGAUGCCAUCAGAGUCAACCAGCUCUAUGAACAGGCCAAGUGGGCCAUCCUGCUGGAGGAAAUUGAGUGCACAGAGGAGGAAAUGAUGAUGUUUGCUGCCCUGCAGUACCACAUCAACAAGCUGUCGGGCAUGUCUUCAGACAACCACAUGAAUAACAGCGAGAAGGAGGUGGAUGAGGUGGAUGCAGCGUUGUCUGACCUGGAGAUUACUUUGGAGGGAGGGAAAACCUCCAGCACACUGGGUGACAUCACAUCUAUUCCAGAACUGGCAGACUAUGUUAAAGUCUUCAAACCCAAGAAGCUGACGCUGAAGGGCUAUAAACAAUACUGGUGCACGUUCAAGGACAUCACAAUUUCCUGCUACAAGAGUAAAGAGGAAGCACUCGGGACACCUGCACACCAAAUGAAUCUCAGAGGUUGUGAGGUAACGCCAGAUGUGAAUAUUUCUGGUCAGAAAUUCAACAUCAAAUUGCUAAUCCCCGUGGCCGAUGGGAUGAACGAGAUCUGGCUUCGGUGUGACACAGAGAAACAGUAUGCUCACUGGAUGGCAGCAUGUCGCCUGGCCUCCAAAGGGAAGACAAUGGCUGACAGCUCAUACAACCUGGAGGUCCAGAAUAUUCUCUCCUUCCUCAAGAUGCAACACAUGAACCCCGACCCUCAGUUCAUUGAACCAAUCACCACUGACAUCAACCCAGAGUGUCUGGUGUCUCCACGGUAUCUUAAAAAGUACAAGAACAAGCAGCCAGGCUAUGUCAGGGAUUUGAUUUCCGCCCGAAUUCUUGAAGCCCAUCAGAAUGUGGCCCAGAUGAGUCUCAUCGAGGCUAAGAUGCGCUUCAUUCAAGCAUGGCAGUCCUUGCCAGAGUUUGGAAUCACUCACUUCCUUGCAAAAUUCCAAGGAGGGAAAAAAGAAGAGCUGAUCGGAAUCACCUAUAAUCGCCUGAUCCGGAUGGACGCCCACACUGGAGACGCAAUCAAGACCUGGCGCUUCAGCAACAUGAAACAGUGGAACGUCAACUGGGAGAUCAAGAUGGUGACUGUUGAGUUUGCGGACGAGCCCAGUCUGUCCUUCAUCUGCGCCGAAGUGGAUUGCAAGGUGGUCCACGAGUUCAUCGGCGGCUACAUCUUCCUGUCGACACGCGCCAAGGACCAGAAUGAGUCGCUAGAUGAGGAAAUGUUCUAUAAACUGACCAGCGGCUGGGUCUGAGCAGUCCCAGGCCAGCAGGGGUCGAUGAUUUAUAGGUCAGGGGUCGGGAAGAGGAGCAGCCUUGUUUGGGUUUAUUUUAUUGUGUUCUGUUGUCUGUUUAAGUGUUUGAAACUGUGCUGAAGAAGUCAAAGUUUAGCACAGGUAUUGCCAAGACUGACAAUUUUUGUUCUUGUUACGUCACUAAUGUUUUGGUUGGUACAAUCCAGAUGAAGCCUUGUGUUUUAGUAGGAACCUUAGAAUGGCAACUUGUACCACCACCUUCUUAUUCGCUUCAUCACUUUCUUGUCUUUUCCUCUAUUAGAUAAAUGGGCACAAAUUUGAAUCCACAAUGAUAGUUUGAUCAACCUUUAGAUCUAAUCCCAAAGAAUAUAUUUCAGACUUGUCUUUUUUUCUCUCUUAAUCAUAUUCUGUAUGUUUCCUUAUACGGAGCUGAUUUGAUCAUUUACCAAGUCUUGAGAAAUAUAGAGGAAAUGUUCUGUCAGACUUUAUUAAUUAUACAAAAGAUUUAAAAAAAUCCAAAUGUCAUAUGUGGAGUUAUUUCAAUAAUGACACUUAUCUAAGAUUAGUUUUUGUAACUAAUUUUUGCAACAUUUAAAGGAGUUAUUUUUUUAAUUUUGCAUCAUUAUGGCAUAACUAGUUUAAGCAUUAUGGAUUAAAUUCUACUUUGCCAAAUGCUCAAGAUAACUGAAGUAUCCUAAGCAUUGGCAACGUUUGACUUUUGUGGGCAAAAGUCAAAAGUUUUGUUUUCAAAUGAUCAUAAUAAUGUAAUAACCACUGACAAAAAGAUUUUGGCAAAUAAUUCUGAAUACUGAGUGAAGAUGAUGAAGUUCAAAACAGAACAUAUUUAAAAGCCCUGCAUUUUCUUCUAUACCUGGACUUAAGGAGCUAGAAUCUUGCCAUAUUAACUAAUAUUUAUUUCACAUAAAGGAAUGAGUCAAUCAAUAAAUCUGAUUGACAGGGUAUUUGUGGUGGCAGUCACUUCUUUACGGCCACCAUUCCCUUUCUAUUACUCUCAUUCACAUCUCAUGGAAACACUUUUGAUUUAUAGAUUCCUCUCUGUUAACAAGCUGUUAAAUUUUUCUUUUGCCUUCUUGUUUCACACCUUUCUUGUUUGGUUGAGCCACCAAGUUGCCCGUGUAAUAGCCUUGUAAGCCUUCAUUUGUAUUCAGCAGACUGAAUAGGAAACAUUUCUGAAAAUGCUUUAGUGCGCUAUAAUGAGCGUCCUGUGGGUUUUACCACCUGGGUGUACUGAAUAAGGUCAAAAUGUCUCAUUCAUUUCGAGUUAUAUGCAAGGGCGGCAAUUUCUUUUGUGACUUGCAUACAUUUUUUUUUUUUAUUUUUUUUUUUAACUGUAACAGCGAGAGGCGUGGCCGUCUGUAGCUGCUUUUACGAGUUUUAAACAACCGGAGACUUGAAAUUACAGCUGUGAUGUUAAAGUGCAUGAACACUACACAACAGGAGGAACACUAUCACAGUCCCUCGAAGCAUGUCCUACGUUAAUGAAGCCCUGUUUCUCACUGUAUAGUAUUAUAUCGUUAUCAAUACACACCAGCAAAAGGUCACCGAAUUUAAAGUAUGAAUAUGCAAUUUUUUUUUGUUCUCUUCUCAAUAUGAAGGAUUGAUAAAUGAAGUAUUGUUAUUUUUUGUAACUAAUGUAAAAACGCAAACAUUUUAUAAAAUUGUACAGUGUUUUUUUUUCUGCUUUGGGGAUUUGGAGGGUUUUUUUUUUCUUUCAGAAGCCAUCAGUCGACGUGUGUAGCUUUCAGAACUGUGUCUGUACAUUGUGGUCUUACUGAGGUCCCACAUGGCGAUGCAUAUGAAUUUAAAUGAAGAUAACACUAGUCUCAAACUCCUGACUUGGUUAAGAUGUUUCUUUUCUAUGUGCAGCCAGAGCCAGGGCUGAGUCGUCAUUAUUCUUAGUUUAUUUUGUUCAUUUAUUUUUGUGUCUUCUCUUGUCCCAUUUGCAAAACAGAAAAAAAAAGUCAAUUAAUGGUCAAGAGAACCAUAUUUAUUAUUUGUUUGAACUGACAAGUAUUUACAAAAAUGUCUGCCUUAUAUUGAGCUUGUUCACGUUUUUUAUAACUGUUUUUUUUUGGUCACAACUGAAGAGUGCCAUAUAAUGUGGUGAAGAAGAUGACCCUGGAGUUUGAGACCGUUCAGCAAAAAUUAAUAUUACUAAAAAAUGAGAGAAGAAAAAAAAAACAAGCAUUAUAUAAAUAUAUAUUUUUUCUUGUUGAUGUUUUGUUUGCCUCCAGUGUCCAGAGCAGCUGUGCAUGUCCUGCUGUUCUGUUUUCCGACUGUAAAAAAAUGCUUUUAUUUUAAAAAAAAAAAUAAUAAAGUAAUUUUUAUUUAAAUGA